GCGGAAUUAAACGCGCUGUCGCCAAAGCGUCAUGACGAGUGCCACAUGUCCGCGCUGAUAUCUGCGCCAAAAUCACGUGUUGCACAGUACGCAGUGAAGUGAAACGUGCGAAGCGGCCCAGUGAACAACUUCCGGCUCAUUCGAGUAAAACUGCUGCAACAUGCAUAUGGCUCUCAGCGGACGUCUGGCCCUGGUGACGGGGGGUGCCAGUGGCAUCGGUGAAGCAGUUUGCCGAACCUUAGCCGCGGAAGGUGCAACCGUGGUCGUCGCCGACAGGCAGCUUGAAGCAGCAACGAAAGUGACCAAGUCUUUGUCAGGAGACGCCAAACACCAGACCCACUACGUGGACGUCGGUGACUCGUCCUCCGUGGAGCAGCUCUUCAGCGCCAUGAGAAACAUGUCUGAUCUACCACUCGGAAUCGUUGUCAACUGUGCUGGCAUUUUUGUUCAAGUGCCACUGGUAGACUGCAGCGACGAAACGUUCGACGAAAUGAUAAGAAUCAACCUGCGGGGCACUUUCCUGGUGACCCGCGCAGCCGCCCGCGAGAUGAUGCGCUCGGGAAAUGCCCUGCCUGACGGCGGAGCAGCCAUCGUGAAUAUCUCCAGUGUCGCCGCCAAGAGCGGCUGGUCGCUCGGCUCGGCCUACAGUGCCGCCAAGGCCGGUGUGGUGGCCCUCACCAAGUCGGCCGCGCAGGAACUGGCGGCUCACGGCAUUCGCUGCAACGCUGUGCUGCCCGGCAUGGUAGCAACGCCCAUGACGGCGCCCUUGACCGAGGAAGCUAAAGAGCGCGUUAAGUCAAUGACUGCGCUUAGGAGACCCGCGCAGCCCAGCGAGAUUGCCGAGGCCGUCAGGUUCCUGUGUUUGCCAACUGCUAGUUCCUUCGUCACGGGAGCUGCCAUGGAAGUCACCGGCGGACUGAUGAUGUGAUGUACGAGCAGGUCAGGGAAUUUCUCGUACGAAAACUUGGGCCUCGGAUGUUGUGCCCAGGGCGUAAGUGCACUGCGGAAGAUCUGUUUUUUUUUUGCCUUUAUUUUAAUGGGCGAUUGUUUGUCUUGAUUUGAGACUAAGCUGCUGAAAUAAAAUUUGUGUCAAUUGACAUGUCCGUACCACCCGAACCGCGAACAGAAUGUUUGUUUGCCAAUAAAAUAUUUACAGGUUG